AUUCAAGCCAUCUGAUUCACCUAUCAUCUCGCCGGCGGAGAUUUUGCAGUGUGGACUGAGGCAUGCGUAGUCGCGCCUAUCCGUCAUUGGCGCUCCGUCGUCUCGAGAUCGACUGCUUCUUACCCGCGAAAGCGUGAAGGCUGACGAGGGCAAUGUCACUGCGCCCAGAGCUAGAGAGGGGGCCGUGAACGUCUGCGCAUGAAUGUUAUUUUAGAUUUGUGUAUAAGAACAACGGAACCCAUCCCAAUCUCUUAUCCAGCAGCAACAACAAACACACCCCACAUCAGACACACUUCUUCUAGCCUUACACUCCUCGCUCGGCGACUCCCACCCUCAGACAAUAUUCCGCACAACAUGGCAACCACUAUCCGCAAGGCUCUCAUCCCGUCGUUCGGUGAUGCAUCACAUAUUGAAAUCGUUGAUGCUCAAAUCGAGCCCCCAGCAGCGAACCAUGUCCAGAUCAAGACCAUCUACGCUGGAAUGGGUGGCGCCGACUUCCUAAUGCGCGAGGGCACCUACCCUCAACAAAGGAGCGCUCCGUUGACGCCUGGAUACAACCUUAUCGGGAGGGUCCACAAGAAUGGUCCCGGAAGCUCGAAGUUUCAAGUUGGCGACAUGGUCGCCUGCCUCACCAAGUACGAUGCCGACGCUGAGCUCUGCAACUGCCCCGAGAAGUACCUUGUCCCGGUUCCUGAAGGUAUCGAUCUUAAGCAGGCAGUAACCUUGGUCCUCGACUGGGCUACAGCCUACGGCAUGGUUUACCGCACCGCGCAAGUAAGCAAAGGCCAAAAAGUAUUCAUACACGGUCUGAGCGGCUCGGUCGGCUACGCACUGCUCACGCUCUGCAAGCUAGAGGGCGCUGAGGUCUACGGUACGGCACAUCCAUCGAAACUUGAUCAGCUCCGUAAGGAUGGCGUCACACCGUUCAGCUACAAGGACAAGAACUGGAUUCAGACCAUGAUAGGCAUGGGAGGAGUUGAAGCAGCUUUCGAUGCGCUCGGAUACGAGUCCUGGGACGAAAGCUGGCAGAUCAUCAACCCCAAGGGUGGGCGGCUCGUUGGCUACGGUGGAAACCAAAACACCCUUAACGGGGAGUCGGGCAAUAGAGGCCAGCUUCCCUCCAUUGCGAAGCUUCUAGCAAGGGGUGCAAAUCCCUUCUGCCCUAAGCACACAAGUUUCUUCUACAUCGACCGAGACCAGAAAACGUACGGGCCAGAACUGCAGAAGUGCUUUGACUUGUUGGUCUCCGGCAAAAUCCAGGUUCCAAUCAAGAAGGUGUGGACUCUGGAACAAAUCCCGGAAGCGCACAGGGAGAGAAACAACUUGCCCGGUAUCGGCUCAGUGGUGGUGAAGAUCAAUGACGAUCUGGAAGCGUAAUUGGAUAUUUUUAUAGCUGCAUCUUAUACCCGAAAUCUAUUCACUUUCCGAC